AGUAAACUUAACGAUCGAGUAAAACUUCUUCACUCUUGUCAGUUUUCUGUUUUUCUAAUUUGAUAGGUUGACUCACUCAGGUCAAUCCAGAGUUUUGCAAGUGGAUACUACAGGGUAGUUAAAAAAGUAACAAUAAAUAACUAUAAUUUACAAACUAUACUGAUUGAGGAAUACGGAAAACCCUGUUAUCAUAGUACAAAUAUACAUAUCACUGCAGUAAACAUCAAUUUUGUGUGUGUUUGUUUGUGAGUGUUCUUAUAAAUUUGUUUGCUUUGAUGAAAUACUGUGAUAAAAAAUAAUACAAGUUGAUAAAAACCGUGACAAUAUGGCAAAUAAAGAUGAUCAUCUUACUUAUUACCGUGAGUUUUUUGAAAACUUUGCUCAAACUAUUAAUCCGAAUGAUCCGCUACCUGUUAAAUUGGCAAGUUAUAAGUUAGUGAAUGCAGAAGUUGUGGGAGGAAUUAUCGACUGGACUACGCAGUAUUUAUCUCAAAAAAAAUGCCCGUCAAAUUUAUUUUCGCCUCUCAUCAAGAUUAUAAUAGAAGAAACCAGAAAGGUCUGCAAAAAACAACCAGUUAAUUGUGGAUUUAAUCCAACAGAUCACGCGUAUGAACCUCUCAAAUUAAUGCAGACUGUGAUUGCUAAAACGAAUGAAGUUUGUCUGAGGUACCUGGAUAAUAGUAUGUUAUGCUCACUGCCCUCUCCGGAUACAGGGACGCCUUAUUGCAUCACUAGUGUCUAUGCGAUAAAAAACACACGCAGACGAAUGGAAGAUAGACAUGUGGUCAUACAUGAUUUGAACAACAUGUUCAACAUUCAGGAAGUGAGUCCGUCCAGUUACUAUGCAGUAUUUGAUGGCCACGCAGGAUCUCACGCUGCUGAGUACUGUUCAGGCCAUUUACACCAGUUUCUUGCCGAAAAUAAAUAUUUUGCUUCAAAUCCAAAGCAAGCCUUGCUAGAUGCCUUUUGUAAAACAGACGCUUUGUUUAUAGAUAAAUGUAAAGUUGAAAAUUUUAGUAGUGGUGCUACUGCUGUUGUUGCAUUAUUACGUCCCAAAGAAAAAAUGUUAUAUGUUGCUUGGGCAGGAGAUUCUCAGGCUUUAUUGGUAAAUAAAACACGGGCAUUCCAAAUAGUUGACCCUCAUAAACCCUGCAGAGAGGAUGAACGAGAGAGAAUUGAAAAACGUGGUGGUUGCGUGAUGUUAUGGGGGACAUGGAGAGUCAAUGGUCAGUUAGCAGUAUCCAGAGCAAUAGGUGAUCCAGAGUACAAACCUUUUGUCACUGCUGUUCCAGAUAUCCAGGAAAUUACUUUAGACAACGAUGAUUUCUUAGUAAUAGCCUGUGAUGGAUUAUGGGAUAUUCUCUCGAAUGAAGUAGUUGCCAGGACCGUUUAUAAUUUGGUUACAGAAAAUCCAGACGACACCAGUAGAAUCAGUCAAAGAUUAGUUCAAAUAGCAAAAGAACAAGGCUCUUCUGAUAACAUCACUGUGAUAGUAGUGUUUCUUCGAGAACCGUCGAAAAUUGCCGCAGAAGCCUACUGGGAAAAUCGCAAUUUGAAUCCUGCAACUAUGGAGGCGGGCCUCGACAAUUCCAAUAAUCCGUUCGUUAUGCCGAACGGCGCUAACACAGAUAAUAUGAUUAGUCAAAAAUCAGACGGUUUACUGUUGAAUCUAACAGAUAAUUUCAAACAAAAUGGUACAGAUUUGCAAACGUCUGACAUGUUUUCAAACGAAAAGGCAAAUGGUAAACGCUUAGCAUCGGAAUUCGAUGAUGAAGAUUUCGGUCCAGAAACCGAUGUUGAUGGUUUAGACGACGCGCUAUCGCCAGAUCCAAGAGAAACCAGCUCAAACAAGUUUUUAGAUGCAUUUUCCACAUCGCCUAACAACAAUCUAUUAGCCGAAGAAGGAGUUUACAAUCCGUUCAUGGAACAUCAGGAAAAAGCGGCCAUGGAACUAGAAAAUUUAAGGAAAAGGGAACAUAGAGAAGAAUUUGAAGAAGAUGAAGAAAGAAUGGGUAGAGAAGAAACGCCUACACCACCUGCUGAUACUGUUCAUGAUGUUGGUGGGCUAGUUGAGAAUCCAGCCGAUAGUGAGUCUGAGGACGAGUGGGAUUAUAUUAAAGGCGAAGAAGCUAAUAAAGAAAAUAUCUCUCCGCAGCCGGGAAAGGAGGUUGUUCACAUUCCUGAAGAGGACGACACAAUGUCACAACUGAAUCCCAAUGCUGCAGAAUUUGUACCGGUCUCGCCUACAAGGAGUGUUCCAUCCCCCUCUUGUCGUAUGUUAAUUAAUGAUCAAAUUGUAUCACAAUCGCCAAAAAAAGCCAACGAUGUAGAUAUUAGUGUACCAAAUCCAAAGGAAUUUGAAAAUGAGGUUAAAUCCAGGCCUAGCGAAAUUGAUGCGAAUGGACAUGCAGAAUCUAGUGACUUGAAUACAGACUUAAUGGAUAAUAUUUUGAAUGGUAAAAAUAUUGACGAAAUUCCCGAAUUCCAACCGGGUAGUACACCAAAAAAAGUUUUCACAAGUGAUGAAUUCCACUUUGGUCCUAAUGCUGCUCCUUUCACUCCUAAAUGUUUAGAUCAAUCUGAAGCACUGUCUACAAAAGCCGUAUAUGGAGAUGACACUGUAGCAACUUUUGACACUAGUUUCAAUGAAUCAAUAGGCCAGGAUUUGAAUAUUUUAAAUAAGGAAUCUGAUCCUAUGUCAAUGUCAUUUUAUGCAGAUCAAGGAGAAUCAAAUCCUUUUGAUUUAAAUAAAGUCCAGGUAUUACCGGAUAAUCUUGAUGAUUUUUUAAAUAAACCAGAUAAUGAGGCUUUAAAUGAAACUAUCUCAGAUUUACCUGAUCCAUUACGAGAAAAAACAAAUAUUUUGAAUAAUGAUGAUGCAAUUCAAGUAACAGAUCUGGAUAAACAAAGUUAUGAUGAUGAAAAAGAACUUGCGUCUCCUAUUGAAUCUGAAAAAGAACUGUUGCCUACACAAGAGACUGAUUUUCCCAAAACUUCAGAACCAAGUCAUGAAAAGUUGAUUCAGGAAUUACAUUGUGGGAACAAAACAGAUGAUAACCCAGUAGUAGUUCCUGCUGAUGUAGAACUAAUACCCAUCACCAAUCCAUCUCCUUUACCAGAUGCGACUGAAUUUAGAGAUCUUCCAAAUAAAGAUACAUCUGAACUUGGAGAUGUUUCCUACCAUGAAGCAACCGAAGUUGCAGAUCUUCUGGGCAGAGAUGUAACUGAAGUUGAUAAUAUUUUGGAUAACUCAAUAAUUGAAACCAGUGAUAUUUUAAAUAAAGAGGUUGUAAACAACGAUAUUUUAAAUAAGGAGGACACAAAUAUUGAUUCUUUGAAAGAUUCAGGAAAAGAAACACUAGUGUCAAAAGAAGCAGAAGAAGUCAAUGAUCUUUUAGGAACAGAGGAUACAGAAUUUUUAAAUAAACAAGCAACUGAGGUCGAUGAUCUCUUAGGUAACCAGCUAAUAGACGAUGGUUUCAAUGCUCCUUCAAAUGAUGGAAUUCAAAAUGCUUGUACAGAACAUGAAAGUUUUCCAAGAGACAAUUCUUUAAUAGAAGAAGUGAGUGAAUCAGUUCAACCCAAACUGGAGGAGUUUGCACGCUUAGAAAUGAUUAAUACCGAAUCCAUUGAGAAACAUGAUUUAGAAUCACAACUGUCCCCAUCAGAAACCGAAAAAUAUCAGUUGAAAGAACAUGUAUCAACAGACGAUGCUCCAUUGGUUACUCCUGUGCCUCCUCCAAAAUCAGUUUGUGACCCUCCACUUGAAUUUUUUUCAGCAUUAGAAGAGACUAUGUCUACAGUGUGUGAUGUUCAAAAUGAUAACUUUAAAUCAGAAUUAGCAGAAAAGCUAAUUGAAUCUUCUAUAAACACAAAAUUAGAGAAAAUUGAUUUGGCGGUUACACCUGAACCAAUUCCAGAACAUUUCAAAUUAGAGUAUCCAGAAGAGGAAUCAAAAUAUUCUGUUUGCGAUUUAUCCGAAUCUAAAUCUCCAAUAUCAGAAGAUCUUUUGACUCCAGAUUUUACAAAAGAAACGUUGUUGGAAGAAGCCCAAGAACGUUUUGAAGAAUUAUGUAAACCAAUAGAAUCACCACAGGAAGAUGUUACGUCUUCUAUCAAAGAUGAUUUGUCAUUCCAUGUGCAAGAUCUAUCAAGUAAAUCACCUUUAGAAGAUCAAGUAAUUGAGGAUAGCUUUGUGACAGAAGACAAUGCUGUUCAUAAUGAACACACUGAAGUAGUCAGAGAUGUGGAAAAAGAGACAGCUGAUAAAGAAGAAAUGAGUUUAGCAUCCCCUAAAGAGGAUGCUGCAAUAGAUUUUAAAUCUAGACCAUAUUUUCGCAUUUGUCCUGCAAGACCUCGUAAAGAGGUGGAACUUCCAAUUGACGUGGGAACUGAAACAAUUGCUUUAGAAUAUGCAGAACCAGCAAUAGUUACUCCGUCUGAUGAAAGUAGAGCAGAAGAUCAAAUUGCUGCUACUGAUGAAUCAGAAUUAGAAGUGCUCAUAAAAACUCCACCUUUGGACGAGCUUGUCAAUGAAGCAGAAUGUGCAGUGCUUUUAAAAGAAACACAGUUAGAAGAGCCUGUUAAAGAGACACAAUUAGAAGAGCCUGUUAAAGAGACACAAUUAGAAGAGCCGGUUAAAGAGACACAAUUAGAAGAGUCAAUUAACAAGAACCAAUUAGAAGAAGCUGUUAAAGACUCAUAUGCAGAAAAACCUGUUGAUCAGUUACAGCUAAAAGAGCCUAUGGAAGAAUCAAAAUUGCAAGAAGCUGUUAAAGAGUUACAAGUUGAAGGACCUGUAAAAGAGCCACAAUCAGAAGAAUUCCAAAACUCGCAACUAGAAGAACCAAUUAAGGAAUUGCAACAACCAGAAGAGCAAAAAGAUGCUGAAAAUCUUAAAAAUGAAAUAACAGCUGUCGGUGUUGCUGCAGUAGUAGCGGCUGGAGCAGCAAUUACUGCUGUAGUUUCAGCAACAAAGGUUGAUGAUAAGAAGAAAUCUCCAAGUGUAUCAUCUAUCAAGAAAACCACCUCUAAAACUACAGCAGCUAAGAGCCCGGCACCAAUAUCAAAAACAUCACCCAAGUUGAAUGCUUCAGCUUCUAAGCAAACUGCCAGCAAAACGAAUACAUCAUUGAAGGCAACAACAACAAAAACAGGCACUACAAAGUCACCCACAUCAACAGCUAAACCGAGCUCCAGACCAAAUUUGACAAAGCCUAAAACAACACUUCCGGCAGUUUCAAAAACUACAACAUCAAAAUCUGCAGAAAAGAGCUCAUUAACUAAUGGUGAAGUUAAAACUACUGCUAGGAAUAAUGUUGGUGUUAAAAAGACUAUUUCAGAAUCAAACGGUGCUAAAACUACAACUUCUAAGCCAGCUAUUGGUACUACUCUAUCUAAAGUAUCUCAAAGCAAGUUAACUUCUAAGCCUAAUCCAUCGACUCAUACAAAAACCACCAUUCCUCCGCGUACAGCUCCGUUGGCUUCUUCGAAGGUUUCAAGUGCAAAUCCUAAGAGACCUUCAACUUUAAUGAGUAAAUCACAAAGUGGAACAACAUCCCCUGAUAAAGCUGCAAAUGUCACUAAGACUACCUUGUCAAAGACUUCACCAAAGUCAACAACGAACGCUUUACCGAAAACAAAACCUACGACCAAUGUGACACUAACGAAACCGAGAAUUCCUCCUACGAAAACUGUCACAAAGACUCUACCCGAUACCGAGAAGCAGAAUAAAGAGAGCGCAAAUAAAAUUAUGGCAUCUCGGUCUGCCUCCAGCGCUCAAUCAAGCAGAACUACUACUACAAAUGCAAAAUCUACUUUGUCUUCCACUCGUAAAGUAGAAAGUAAGGUCAGUAGUACACGAACGACAGUAUCGAAAACGACCACAACCACAAUGAAAUCUACUACAGCCAAAAAACCAAGCGAAAUAAUAAAAGGCCCUGUGAAAACGAAAACGACCAAAAUAGAAAAACCCAAAGAAAAUGGUGUAUUCGAGGUAGUAACUGAAGAAAUCACUAUUGUAAACAAUACGAAUGCUGUCAUUAACGCUUUGGAACAGGAACCAGAACUGAUAAAGGACAAUUCACCAGUCGAUAAUAAAAUACUGAUUGAGACUACUCAAAUUGUUGAGACUAAAGCAGACUGAAAAAAUAAUAAUUGAACAGUUUAUUUACUUGGCUUAUAUUCAAUAUUAUGAAAUAACUGUUAUAUUUAAAAUUUUUAUAUUAUCUUUUAUGCCCCAUUAUUAUAAAAUAUUUUAUCUGGCCGGUUUGAAAAUGAUAGUACCAGUGAAAUAUUUUCGAGACUGAUUUAACGUUCACAAUACUUCAGCCGAUUGGGGGAAAAAAUCUACUUAUACAUUUUGUCAAUUUAUUUUGCAUUUUUACAUAAAACCCUUCGCCUGAGGUUUACACCUAUAUUUGUACUUUUUUUAUAUUACGGAUUAUUUUCGAAAAUAUUUCAUUCUUUAUGUAUUUUGACAAAUGCGUGUAUAGAAAGCUGUGGUAAUAUUUAGUAAAGGAUAUUUAAAUGGUGUGGAUAAAAGAAGGACUUUUACUGUAACGAGGUAUAUUUUUAAGUUUAAUAUAUACAUACACUAUUAAUAUUAAACCAUUUGACCAUAUAAAAUGUCAAUAAAAAUAUCUAGAUAUAUAUCCUAAGUUGAGCUUUUUACUGCUUAGGUGUGCUGUUGUGAUUGCUGUGCACUCUUCUGUAUAUAAUAAAAAUUAUUUAGUUUUAUUAUCCACUAAAUUCUAUGAUUGGGUGCUAAAUUUCAUUUUAGUGAAGUCUUCCUCUCAUUACUCCGAAUUUGGAUCAUUCACUGUAUCAUUUUUUUAAAGAGGCUGUUACAAGUAUUAAAAAUGAAAUCCUUUGAAAAUCAGUCUUUCCUUUUUUUAUUGACAGUUUUUAAUGAUUGUUUAUUUAAAAUAAUUUUUUUUUCUGGUAGGGAAUUUUGAAUGAUAAAACAGUUGAACUAAAAGGUGCUGGCUCAUUUUUACCACUAACAAUAGGGAGUUGAUAUCACUCAAUUUAUUAAUAAAGCGGAAGAGUUCAGGUGCAUUGUUUCCAAUUUUGAGAAGAAUAUCACAUAAAAGUUAACGAAACGAUGAAAGUAAGAGUGUUUCUUCGAUCAUUAAAAAAUGUAUAACAGUUGUUUAGGCAAGAUAUGCAGAAGGCGAGUAAAACCCUAAAAUUUUUAGAAAAAAAUAUUUUGAAAAGAGUCAAAUAUAUUUAAAUUUGAAAAUAUUGGAAGUAUGACAAAUUUAAUAUUAUUUUGAAAAUUGAGUUAGAUUAUAUUCAACGGCAUUUUUAUCGGAAAAUGCUCGUUACGAAAAAAUAUGAAUGCAUAUGCCUUCACAAAUGUGGAAGAUUCAAAGGCCUAAAGUAAUGAUUGUAUAUCUUUGUUUACCAUGUUGGGACUUUGGAACCAUCUAUUAAUGUUACAAGGAAUGUACUGUUUAAAGAUAAUAGUAGAUGCCUAACUCGUUUGAUUUAUGUUGAAAUGUCGAAUACGAGAGAUUAACAUUAACAACUAAUCAUUUGUACUGUAGAUAAUUUUGUAAUUAUGUUUUGCUAAAAUUAUCAGAUGAUUUUUAUGAGACUUCACAAUUUGGCCUUUUUGUAAGAUGUUUUGCAUAAAUUUAUUAGAGAUACUUAACCUAACUAUUUUAUACAUUUUAAUAUUUAUCCCUUUUCUCUUUUUCACCCGAUUCCUUAUUUUUUGUACUUUUUAAGUGUAGUUCUUCAAAUGAAAGGAAAUUGAUACUUUCAUUGAUAAUAUUCUUAGUUACACAUAUUUUUUAUACUAGAUUUUGUUUUAACGUUGAAAUUUUAUUAUCGCGUUUGUCCUUUAGUUUACUAAUUUUAUUUAUUUUUUUGUGAAUUAUACUACUUUUCAGCACAAAAUAAAACCGUAAAAGGAC